GGCUCAGCCACCCUGUGUAUGCUUGCUGUGUACCCUUAUUUCACCCCUCUGUGACACGGUUAGCCAGUCACGCACAAGCUGCAUAGCGUGUGUGGGACGAUGGGGAGAGACUGUCCCUCCCUGAAAAGGUCCGUUUUCCAGGAACCAGGUAUCCCUGAAAAAUGUGGCAGAAAACGAAAGUAUCAACGGAAAAGGUAACGUCAUCGCUCCGAGCCGUUGACAUAUAAGGAUGGGUUCGCGAAGGUGUGAACUAAUGUUCGAACGAUCGUUGCACGCUUAUCAUCUGCUGCAUCUUCAAGAUCUCUCUUGUGUUCAAAAAAAAAAAAAUUGACAUGGCAAAUUGGAUUUCGACUCCAGCUUUCAUCUCCCAAAUGAGCGUCUGGCAAGAUGGGUCUGACGAGGAGAUUCCACCUCCAUCGCCUUCCCCGCAACUGAGGAAUGUACCUGUAAAUGCAGCCGUGGUGAUUGAUCUAGAAACUACAGGGCUAGCGAUGACCUCCCACAUACUGCAGAUUGCUGCGUUAGGACAAAGAAAGUCCUUCUGUAGAUAUGUUCUACCCAAAAAACAGAUCCAUCCGGAGGCUGAAAGUGUCCAUGGACUGUCCUUCGAUGAACAUGAAGGACGUUUGUAUCUGAACGACCAACCGGUGGAUGCUGUGAACAUACGCCAGGCUCUGUCAGAGUUUCUGGAGUUUGUAGGGGAUGACCCUGUCGUGCUGUUCGCUCACAACUGCAAGUGGUUUGACGCCCUCGUGCUCUUCAAUGCCAUGGAAGCCUGCGGCUUGUUGGCGGAAUUCGAAAGCAAGGUGACAGGCUUUGUAGACACAGUACCUCUGUUUAAAGCGGUCUGUCCAGGUCUGGAUUCUUACAAACAAUCGGCUCUAUACGAUCAUUUCUUCAGGGAGUCGUACGCCGCGCACGAGGCUAUGAGUGAUGUCAGAGCGUUGAAGCGACUUCUGGACCUUCGAUGCGUGACCCGGGAUGCGAUUUGCUUACACUCGUUUGGGCUCGACUACGUCCAUCAGGUUGUCAGACGCAGGAGAGAAACGUACAGGAAUUUACAAAGCUGGAAGCCUAUGAUCAAAGCUCGUUCUGUCAGUUUGAACAUGGCGAAGCGAGCAGCGAAAAGCGGUCUCCGAGUCCACCACUUGAGGCUGGCGUACAGACGCCAUGGCCUUACAGGUGUUUACCUUGUCCUCCAGCAGCGAACCGCUGAUGGCACCGCAAGAGUAACCUGCACACCAAAAUUUCUUGAGCAGAUUUCAAGCUAUAUUGUUACAUACCCUAAUGAGGAUAGAUUCGAGAACCACGACGAGUAUCAGAAUACAUUCGGAGAUGAUUUCGAAGAUGGGGGUGAUGGUAGCUAUGAAGGCUGAUCGUGGCUUCGACGUCGUAUAUGAUCAGCAUCGAUGUCAACAAAAUGUUAAUAAAAGUACCUGGUACAGUUAGUGUAUAUAA